AUGGACAACGAAACAGCGUGCUACCCUUUUAGUAGAUCGGAAUAUAUGGCAAUACAAGUUAUAUUCGUAAUCGGAAGAGUGUGCAUCGUCGUAGCCAACUCGCUCGCUUUGAGGAUUUUUCUUGGAAAGAAGUUACGCCUCAAGAAGUCCAAGUAUCUUCUCGUCAACCUGACAGUUGCCGACCUUCUAAUGGGACUGGGGGGACUGGUGCACAAGGCAGUUAUACAUGACCUGCGAGUACUAAACAGUACGUGGGAGUUGUUGCUUACUAGCGUCUGCUUCAUGUUCGUAACUCACUCCUCCAUGGUCUCCUUGUGUCUUAUUGCGUUAGAAAGGGCGUUUGCCAUCUUUUUCCCUUUUCGUCAUAGACAAACAACUAGAAGAAGCUACAUUGUAGCCAUAGCCUCUACAUGGCUUAUUUCCAUGAUUUCGUUGGUAUUGGUAAAUGUUUUUAUGGUUUAUUUCCAUGUUUUGGAUAUCGAUUUAUUCAUUGUUCCUUUUUCAUUAGAAAUUGGCUUAAUAGUCAUCUCGUAUGUAGCCAUAUGGAUAAAAAGGGUCUUCUUUACUCCAAUGAGCAGCUCAAGGAGAAAUAGAGGCGAAGACAAAAAGCUGUCGAAAACUUUGUUUAUUGUAGUUGCUGUUUCAGUAGUAACAUGGGCCCCAUGCACUACUCUAAAUUUUUUCUUCAAGGCUCACGAGUGUGGGGAAAGUAGAUCUACGUACAUAAUAAUGUACUGCUCAUAUUUCCUUUUACUCAGCAAUUCGUUUUUGAAUGUCAUAGUUUAUUCCCUGAGAAUGCCAGAGUUCAGGAAAGCACUCAAAGAGCUUGUAUGCAGGAAGAAACAACUCGAACUUAGGGAUCCUCUUCGCCAAGUAAAAGUGACAACAAGAGAACGCGUUGUCAUAUCCGUGACACCACUAUCUUAUGUCAAGAAAUUAAGCGCGCCGUGAUAACUAUUUGGCUUUAUUAAAAGAAUCGGUCGAUAAUAAAGAAUCUUUUACCGAUGA